UAAAACAUGAACACGGCAUAUGGUACUAGGCGCUUAAUUGGUGACGUGUCUUUACGGAGCUUCCUUUUCAGUGCCGGAGAGGCUAGGUGGUGCCACGCGAAUUGUGCUGAUCCUUCAAGUGGCACCAAUUUAACACAACAGGAAUCGGAUCAAGGACACCAUGGGCAUAAAAUUUUUGGAAGUCAUAAAGCCGUUUUGUGCGGUCUUACCUGAGAUUCAGAAACCAGAGAGAAAGAUUCAGUUCAGAGAAAAAGUACUAUGGACUGCCAUCACGCUCUUCAUCUUCCUGGUGUGCUGCCAGAUUCCACUCUUCGGCAUCAUGUCCUCAGACUCCGCAGAUCCCUUCUACUGGAUGAGAGUAAUCCUGGCCUCCAACAGAGGUACUCUGAUGGAGCUGGGUAUCUCACCCAUCGUUACCUCCGGUCUCAUCAUGCAGCUGCUGGCUGGAGCAAAGAUCAUUGAGGUUGGAGACACCCCCAAGGACAGAGCACUCUUCAAUGGAGCGCAGAAAUUGUUUGGCAUGAUCAUCACCAUUGGACAGUCCAUUGUGUAUGUGAUGACAGGCAUGUACGGAGACCCAUCAGAGAUGGGUGCUGGGAUCUGCCUGCUCAUCAUCAUUCAGCUUUUUGUGGCAGGUCUGAUUGUGCUGCUGCUGGAUGAGCUGCUGCAGAAGGGCUAUGGGCUGGGCUCUGGGAUCUCCCUGUUCAUUGCCACUAACAUCUGUGAGACCAUCGUCUGGAAGGCUUUCAGCCCCACUACUGUCAACACUGGCAGAGGAACGGAGUUUGAAGGUGCCAUCAUUGCCCUGUUCCACCUGUUGGCCACUCGCACAGACAAGGUGCGCGCCCUAAGAGAGGCAUUUUACCGCCAGAACCUGCCUAACCUCUUGAACCUCAUCGCCACUGUCUUCGUCUUUGCUGUAGUGAUAUACUUCCAGGGCUUCAGGGUGGACCUGCCCAUCAUGUCUGCCCGUUACCGUGGCCAGUACAACACCUAUCCCAUCAAGCUCUUCUACACCUCAAACAUUCCCAUCAUCCUCCAGUCUGCCCUCGUGUCCAACCUGUAUGUCAUCUCUCAGAUGCUCUCCACGCGAUUCAGCGGCAACUUCCUGGUUAACCUGCUGGGAACCUGGUCUGAUACUUCCACUGGAGGACCAGCUCGUGCCUACCCGGUUGGAGGUCUCUGCUACUUCCUCUCUCCCCCGGAGUCCUUUGGUUCUGUUCUCGAUGACCCCAUCCAUGCUGCCAUCUACAUCGUCUUCAUGCUGGGCUCCUGUGCCUUCUUCUCCAAGACAUGGAUCGAGGUUUCGGGAUCCUCUGCCAAAGAUGUGGCUAAGCAGCUGAAGGAACAGCAGAUGGUGAUGAGGGGACACAGAGAGACCUCCAUGGUGCAUGAGCUCAACAGGUACAUUCCCACAGCUGCAGCCUUCGGUGGCCUAUGCAUAGGUGGGCUGUCUGUCAUGGCUGACUUCCUGGGUGCCAUUGGUUCGGGUACUGGAAUCCUAUUGGCAGUCACCAUCAUCUACCAGUACUUUGAGAUCUUCGUCAAGGAGCAGAGUGAAAUGGGCAGCAUGGGUGCGCUGCUAUUCUAGAGCCCCCCCCCUCCCCGUUCCUCCAACACAUACCACAGACAGAUGCAGCCUUGACAAAUUUGUACUUUUUAUUUUGCAUUGUCUAAUGUGCACAAAUCAGUACAUUUUGCCUCUGGGAUGCAUCUUCUUUCUCAGCUUCUUGUGUUCCUAGUAGCUCUUGAGGGCUCAUAUGCAGACUGGAUCUCAUCGGGGAAAGAAAGGCGGCAUUUGUCCCAGUGUUCAGCAUGGAAUUGCACCUGUUCUGUCCCAUUGUUCUUUCUUUCAAUACCAUUCACGUCCUCUCUUGAUCUGACCAGCUAGGAUACUCUGCUGACUGUGCUUUUAUUAACCUGUCUGUAGGAGAUGAGACAAAGGUUUGACAUGAUGUUGUUGACUGAAGUCAUGUGAGGUUGGCUGAAGCGUGCUCAAGGAAAUUGAAGGCUGAGACACCAUCUAAAGGAGUCUGUGCUUAAACCAACACACACUACACCUGGACAUUUUUGGAGAGUGGAAAGAAAGCCAUGUCAUGUUCAUUUCAGGUCAUCGCAAGCUGGGCAUGGAGUUUGAAGAGCCACAUAUUGGGGUGAAAAAAUAUAAAAAUAUACUUGUAUUGUAUUCCUUAAAUGGCCCUGGGAAUUUUCAACAAGUGUUGUCAUUUUAUAUAUAUAUUUUUUAAAUCAUGGAAUAUAUUUGUAUUCGUGCUGGUCUUAGCAAGGGCAUGUUUGUCCUUUUUUGUCUCUGGGUCCUUAAGGGAAGGGUUUGUCUGUUGUGGUCUUCUAUUUCCCAGACUGAGUCACUGCAGAUACUGCCUAUAUGUGUUUGGGAGGGAAAGGGGGCUAAUUUUGGGGGGUUUUUACUUUUUAUUGGACAAUUGUAUUUAAAAAAAAAAAAAAAAACUUUUUUUUUUUUUUUGGGGGAUGUCAUGCACCAUGCCACCCACUAAGACAAACCAUUGCAGUGACCCCCAAAUAAAAUGCUAUUAUGGAUAGGGUCUUUGUGGAGGCCAGGAUGUUUCAAAUAAAGCUGAAAAGCAUAAUUCUGUGUUGAA